UUGUGUGAUGUGACAUGAGUUGGUGACUGACGUUGUUCUGAGCCACCCGCUGUCAGGUGAAUUCCAGACGCUCUUGUCUUGUAGACUAGAGUUGAAAGGAAAGAUUUAACUAACUCCAGUUGCCGUGCCAGGCAGCACUGUGCGGUCUUGAAUAUCUCAGGAGGAGGAACAGAACUUUGAUCUUGACUGCCCUGACACUGUGAUCAGCAUAUGACCGAAAGACACACCGCAAACUUAUUUUGAGACGAUUGUUCAAAAGACAGUUAAGCCUUGGUGUCAAAUUAGGUUAGGAGAAGAACUGAAGUGUUGCUGAUCCUGGCAGUCUUUUCUGGUGGGAGUUUUUUUCUAACUUGUUUUCAUUUUGUUGAUACUGAUUGGAUUUCUGCAUGGAUUGUCAAGACGCCAUUUGGAAUAGCGGCACUCUUUACAGGUGGCGACUGACAAGGUUGCAGGCAAACUGAGUUCUACUCUCUCAUGGGUGAAGAACUCCAUGUCACACACGGUUAGUCAGAUGGCUAGCCAGGUCGCCACCUCAUCUGGCCAGGUGGCAACGGUGCCCUCGUCCCUGCAGACCACCACAGCCACCUCCUCAACAUCCCUCUCCCCGUCUCCCAUGUCGGCAUCUCCCGCUAAGCUCAGCCCAGAUGAACUGGAACUGCUCGCCAAGCUGGAGGAGCAGAACAGGUUGCUGGAGACGGACAGUAAGUCCCUCCGCUCUGUGAACGGCUCCAGGAGGAACAGCGUAUCCAGCCUGGUGUCCAGCUCCUCGGCCUCCUCCAAUCUGUCUCACCUGGAGGAGGACUCCUGGAUCCUCUGGGGACGCAUCGUUAACGAGUGGGAGGACUUCCGCAAGAAGAACGAGAAGCAGCUCAAGGAUCUGGUCAGAAAAGGGAUCCCCCAUCACUUCCGAGCAAUAGUAUGGCAGUUGCUAUGCAACGCCCAGAACAUGCCUAUCAAAGAUCAGUACUCUGAGCUGCUGAAAAUGACAUCACCGUGUGAGAAGCUGAUUCGCCGGGACAUCGCCCGGACGUAUCCUGAGCAUGACUUCUUUAAGGAGGACAGCUUGGGACAGGAAGUACUCUUCAAUGUUAUGAAGGCCUACUCUCUGGUGGACCGGGAGGUCGGCUACUGUCAGGGAAGUGCUUUUAUCGUCGGACUGCUUCUCAUGCAGAUGCCAGAAGAGGAGGCGUUCUGUGUGUUUGUGAAGCUGAUGCAAGACUACAGACUGAGAGAACUGUUCAAGCCCAGUAUGGCUGAGCUGGGUCUCUGCAUGUAUCAGUUUGAGUAUAUGAUCCAGGAACUUCUCCCAGACCUCCAUAUCCACUUCCAGGCCCAGAGUUUCCACACCUCUAUGUAUGCCUCUUCCUGGUUCCUCACCAUCUUCCUCACCUCAUUCCCUCUCCCUGUUGCCACCAGGAUCUUUGAUAUAUUCAUGUUAGAGGGUCUGGAGAUAGUGUUCCGCGUGGGGCUGGCCAUCCUACAGAUGAAUCAGGCAGAACUCAUACAGCUUGAUAUGGAGGGAAUGUUACAGUACUUUCAGAGGGUCAUUCCCCACCAGCUGGAAAGUGGACCAGACAAGGUCAUCCUGGCUGCUUAUAAUGUCAAGUACAACGCCAAGAAGAUGAAGAAGUUGGAAAAGGAAUACACUACAAUCAAAACUAAGGAGAUGGAGGAGCAGGUGGAGAUUAAGAGGUUGCGCACAGAGAACCGACUGCUGAAACAGAGGAUAGACACACUGGAGAAAGAAAGUGCUUCAUUGGCAGAUAGAUUGAUCCAGGGACAAGUGACACGUGCCCAGGAGGCAGAGGAGACCUACCUGGUCAUGCGGGAGCUGGCCACGGUCAGGCAGCAGAGCGAAGAGGCCACAGCUCAGCUGGAGCUAGCACAGAGCACCAUCAGGGAUCUCCAGCAGAGACCCCUAUUGAAGGGCAUCCCGCGCUACACAGAGGAGUCCAUCCUGCAGCUGGAGAGAGAGCUGGUUCAAGCCAGGCUAAAGGAGGCUGAGUCCCAGUGUGCCCUCAAGGAGAUGCAAGACAAGAUCCUGGACAUAGAGAAGAGGAACACAUCUCUGCCAGAUGACACCAACGUGGUGCGGUUGCAGGAGGAGCUGAUAGCAGUGAAGCUGAGAGAGGCUGAGGCUGUGAUGGGGCUGAAGGAGCUCAGACAACAGGUCAGAGACCUGGAGGAGCACUGGCAGCGUCACCUGGCGCGUACGGCGGGCCGCUGGAAGGACAACCCUAGGAAGAAUGCUGUGUCUGAGCUGCAAGAUGAGCUGAUGAGUGUCAGGCUACGGGAGGCUGAGGCCCAGGCAGAGCUCAGAGAGACGCGUCAGAGGAUGAUGGAGCUGGAGACACAGAACCAGAUCCAUAGCAACCAACUGCGUCGGGCAGAGCAGGAGGGGCGGGGCUUUCAGGAGCGCGUGACUGUGCUUACGGCCCAGAAUAAGGGCCUACACGUUCAGCUGCAGGAGAUCAAACGCAAACAGGCAGAGAUUGAGUGCAAGAACAAGGAGGAGGUGAUGGCGGUGAGGCUGAGAGAGGCUGACAACAUCGCUGCCAUGGCUGAGCUGCAGCAACAGAUCUCUGAACUGGAGAUACAGAAAGAAGAAGGGAAGGUCCAGGGCCAGCUGAACAACACAGACUCCAGUCAGUACAUCAGAGACCUGAAGGACCAGAUAGCUGAACUCAAACAUGAGAUCCGCUGCAUAAAAGGCCAGAGGGGGAGCAGCAUGUCCAAUCAGCCCGCUUUUGAUGGGAUCCACAUUGUCAAUCACUACAUACCAGAUGAUGAGUCGUACCACUCCUCGGACGAAGACACAGGUAUAGGCAAGACCCCCUCCCACCUGGACCAUCAGCACAGCAGCAUCAGCCGCAUCAGGCUGCACCCCUCCCUGGGUCUUGGGGACACUGACAGUGAGGGGGAUGAUGAUGGGCAUGGUCUGGUUCUCUCUGUGCCUCCCAUUGGCACCCACAAACACACCACCGUGUGACUGGGUGAUGGACACCAUCGCUAGAUGCCUGGAGGCUGAUCAGGGCAGUUCUGAUCUGGUGCAGUGGGACAGAGGGGUUGUCCAUGGUAGCAAGCCACUCUUCAGGAGAAUGGCGUCUGACUGUCUGUGGGACUCUAAUGUAGGGAGCUCCUUUCAAUGGCAUCUUUGGAAGCUUGGAAUGGAAUGUGUGGGCUUUGUCAACAAGUGAAGUCGUAGCAGAAUCACACCUGUGGUGGAGUUGGUUUUUUUCUUUGUCAGUCUGCUUUACUCUUGUUUCGCCAAAACCCACCAGAAGAGGAUCAUAUCCGUGUGAUGCUCUGGUCUGGACCCCAGGCAAUCAGAUCAGAGAAGGAAAACAUGGAGGUUCAAGUAGCUGCCUGUGCUCCACAAAGCUAGGCUGACCACCAGGGGAGUGGACUGGGGUUACCCUGUCCAGGGUGACCCCACCCAGACAACCAAACUACAGGCACUCCCUCAGCCCCACAACCAACCAUGGUACAACAGAUACAACACACAGAGACUGUGCAAUAAAAUGUUUUAUGCUGACUAUGACACUUCUUUCAAUCAGUUUUUAUUUUUUUAUUGCUUUUAUAAGUGGACAAUCAAAAAUGUAUAGAGCCCUUUUGUGUGGGUGUCUUUAUUAUAUCAGGAGAGAAUAAUGUACCGAAGAGUGAUGAAUGUCUCUAUCGAACAUGGUUAAUGAGCCCCAGUAUCAAACAAAGUGUCAACAAGCAUUAGGGUCGUAUUCACUAGACGGCAAACAAAGAAAAGAAAAAUACCAAAAAAGGGAGGGACUAGUGUUAACACUUUAACAGCUGAUAUGUCCCCCAUCAGGGGACUAUAUACUAAAUAGAUUUUUAGACCAAGGAGUUGGAAAUGGAGCUUGCAGUUCCUCCAGUGACGGUGUACCACUUCUCUAAAAAAAAGAAACAUGUUUUUGUUUCAAAACUUGCCGUUUGCAACAAUGUGCACGACCUAGGUUGACAUAAUGUUGGCUUUUUGUCCUUGAGACAUACAACCUGUUUAUCAUCAGGCCUGGUAUAGGCCUAUCCAAAGGUCAAUUUGAAUCCUGUAUACUCCGUAUAUAUGUAAUUGUUUGUUUUUCAUGUCCAUUUUGACUUGAAAAUAUGUAUCUCAUGAAUUAUUGCAUAUCUGUUUAAUGUAGGAUGCGGCUGAAAGGGACAUAUCACUCUAGUUUUGUCAAGAUGCACAGAUAACUGAUUAGCAGACAUUUCUUUCAGAUGUGGGCUGUGUUCCAAUUCUCCACCCUUCUCCAGAAGUGAGCACUUGUUCACUUGCCCUCAUGCAUUUAAAGGCAUUGGAUUGGUGCAAGCAAGCAUGAAGGGAGUUUCCACCAUAUUCCCUACACCAGUGCAUUUAUUUUACAUCUAUGAGGGGGAGUGUACAAGUGCACUCUUCGGGAAAGGGGUAGAGUAUGGGAACGUAUCCACAGUCUCAAUGUUCUGUAGAUGUUUUCAUAUAUCCUACUUUUCUCUGUUGGGACGAUCUUACUUUUGGAGGAAGGACAGAUUUAGGAUCACUUCAUAAUUUCAUAGAUUAGGAUACGUUUCAGCAUGUUGGUUAAUGGAAGCAUGUAACUAGUUUAUUAAGUAAACCAGCCCAGAUUUAGAAGUACUGCUAUUUCUAAAGUGGGAAUAUUGAUCUUUAAAUAAAUAAUAAUUAAGGGACAUAAUGAAAAGUAUAAGAACUGUAAUCUGAAUCUUGUAUGAACAUAAAUAAUGUUAAACAGAAGUAUUGCUAUGUUGUACUUUUGCACGAAAUGAAUGACUGUCCAAGCCAAUGAAACAAUACUUUUAUCUGAAAAUACUAAGAAGAUAAUUCUACAUGUCUGUCAAAUGGCAAACUAUUCCCUAUGUGUAGUGCACUGCUUUUGGUCAAAAGUAAUGCACUAUGUAGGUAAUAGCUUGCCAUUUGGCAUGCAUCAUAAGAAAUGUGCUGUUUGUUUCCUCUGUGAAUGAAGCAAAGUGUAAUGUCAAGUGUUACCAAACUGUAGGAGGGGUUGUAUAAGCCUGGUCUCAGAUCAGUUUGUGCUGUAUAGCCUAUAACUCGUAUGGUCAUUGUGAUGCCUUGGCAUGACAGAUCUGGGACAAUGAUGGCAUUUUAAACAGUAGGCCCUGCCUGCCAGAUAAAUAUGCACCACUUGGUUUCAUAAAGGUUGAUGUUGAUCCAUUAUCAGAACACGUUAGUAACGUGGCUCUUAAAAACCUUUGCACAUCUACGAGUGAUCCAGACUACUCGUAGAGCAGUCAAAGUGCAUCGUCAGGUGUAUUUUUGCCCUUCCGCGUCACUUUAUUCACAGAUCUCCGCUAAAAAUCUCCUGAACAUCAUGAUUCUAUUGGUCUGACUGUAACGGCCGAUAACUUCAGAAGGACGUUAGUUGACUACAAAUACAAAGUUGCCAAAGUAUUUCUAAUUGUUGCAAACAAAUUAAAACCGAGAUUAUUACACCUAUUAUUACAUGGACAACAGAGACUAAUUAGGCUAUUUUAAUCUUAUUUAAGUCAAUUUAAUGUUCAAUCAGUUGAGUUCUAGUUUGCAACUAAGCUACAAUUUGUAAUGUUUGCCUCUGUGUGACAACGUGUGUAAUGAUAUGCCCAAUCUGUGAUUUCGUGCAUUAUUAUAAGCAUAAUAAACCGUGUCGCCAUCAAUAGCCAUAGGUGGUGAUCUCUCUCUAUGAGUUGAUCUGUCAUCAGUAUUGUGGCAUAAUUAUGUUAAAAUAAGAGUUGAAUGGAGAAAGCUGAUCCGAGCGCUGUUUUUCUUUCUAUCCUAUCAGUCUCGAUACAUGGUCUCUUUACGUGCUUGUUUGGGGAACACUUAAAGUUGGCUCGUAAAUAACGAUGCAUUCGGUACAAUCAUCGUAAUGCUUAAAUUACAUCGCAACUUGGAAAUGAGGCCCACAACAAUGGACAUUUUAUAAUUGUUAGAUUUUUAAACGUUUUUAAAGCAGUGGCCCUUUAAGACAUUAGAACCAAAAACCUAUCAGCCAAGUCUUGGCAAUAUUUAUAUCCAAAAUGCACGGACUCAUUGUUCAGAAGAGGUUUUGUGAUAUUCCUUGGUUGGUUGAGGACAACGAUGGAUGGAAUAUUUGGAAAGGCAUCAUGACGCAGUUUUGGCACUUUCAGAGAAAGACAAUAUAAUGCAGUAAAGAGAGAAGUCUACAUGGAGUAAUAACACUAUGGAAUAAUCAUUACCACACUCUGAAAACAUGUAUGUGAAAUGAAUGUGUUUGAGUUCACAAAUAAACUAUUUGAUAAAAAAAUGUAAGUUCUGUUGAUGUUAUAUAUAGUGUUUACUGAUGUGCGGUAAUAGUAACCAUGGUGGAGCAAAUACAAUUCUAUUCUCACAUCUUUUA